AUGAUUGCUGUGAUCCGUUUUAAUGAACGUCAAUACAUUGAAUAUGAUGGAAAGCAUGUUCAGACUGAGGCUAGUUUGAGACUCUUCAAGCAAUUUGAUCAAUCAAUGUCGACUAUGUAUCAACAUGGAACCGCACAAAAUAAAUUUAGAACUAAUGGACCAACAAUCAGAGUCAGUAAAAACAGAAGAGGUGAUAUGUUUGCAAUUGGAAUUCAACCCGGGUAUCUUAAAGGAGUUGCUGGAGCAUGUGAUGGUGUUGUGGAGAUGGUCUGGGCCACCAAUGUUAGACACCAAACCACAGAAUCCACUGCUCAUUAUUCCACGGGCCAAUGUAUCAACCCAAAAGAUGCCGUAAUCACUUGA